AUUGUUGAUGAUAACAACACUUCCUGUCAGUGCUUGCAAGAAAAAUUAUCUUUAUUGAUUUAUUUGAUGUAAGAAGUAUGAUGACAGAAUUCAAAUAAUUCCGACGGAGCUGCAGGGAAAAGUGUUGUUAUUCAUGACUGAUGAAACAGUUUUUUAUGUUAAUGAUGAAAAGUUGUGCUUAAAAACUGUGCCACUAUGGCAGAUGGCAGGCUGAGGAAAAGAGACCAACAGUAUGAUAAACUUGUACAGGGAAGCAGUAAGCUACACAGAGAUAUUGAGAACCUUGAAAAUGCAUACCUCCUUCAUCAACAAAUUGUAAAGGAAGAUGAAAAUAAUGUCAAGGGAAUGAUCAGGAAAGAGUUAGGAGGUUCAAGAUGGGCUCAUGGUGGUGCUGGCAAACUCACAACAUAUAAAUCAAGCAAAGACCUUGUUGAUCAAGAGAACAAUGCUCCACAGAAUAGCACCAGAGUUCUUCAGUCUGAAAGGUCACAGCAAAAAUCACUAGAGGAUAAUAAAAAAACCAAAGUGUUAAACAAAAAUGAUCAGAGUGUUAAUAUGGAUCAGCCACCAGAUACAGCCGACAAAAUUCUAGACUUGAAAACAAAAGUAUUGAAAAAAGCCAGUUCGAACAUUAUAAAAAGAGACACAUGGUCAGAACCUUUGGAUAACAAGUCAUUAAAAUCUAACAACAAGCAUGUUUCUAAAGCUCUCCAACAUAAACCUGAAAUAAAAAAUGUUGGUGUGAAGCAGAACACUUCAGCGUCAAAAGCUGUUAAGGCUGUUAAAAGAAGUAGCUCAUUAAAACGUGAAACCAGUGACUCCUCAAGAUCACCAGCUGUUGUUGCUGGAAAAUGUAAAGAGAAUAAACAAAAUAAAAUCACAGUUAAUAAUUCCAGAAAAGAGCCUACUAAAACAAUAUCAAAUCAGAAUGGUGUUGAAUCACAGAGAAGGUCAAGAAUUGAUAUGUUUAAAGACAGAGAAGUGAGAAGAGAAAACUUAGAACAUGUAAAUGGUGUUAUGAUACCUGAUGAUAGUAAUCAAAAUAAUGGUAAUGAAUCCAGUAGGUCUAUAGGUAAAACAUACACACCAAGAAAACUGAAGUCUCAGUCAAAUGCCACAGUAACAAAUGAUGUUUCUCAAAGCAUUUUCUUAACACAACCACCAGAACCUCCAGAAAUCUUUAUUGAUCCAAGGAAAGGACAGGUUCGUAUUUUGGCAGGGAAAGAUGAAAGUUUUAAUGAUAUUUCUAGUCUUGAAGGAACCAAAGUUCUAAUACAGCCAGCUUCUGUUCAUAAUAGUAUUGAUGGGAACAAGGUUGAAUGCUCUGUUGUUGAUAAUGUUUCCAAUUCUAGUCCAAGUAGCGAAAUCAGGGAUAUAUUUGGUCUUGAAGACUUUAACACAAUGCCUAAUAGGCCUGAGUCCAGACGACAAAAUGUGAACUCAGGUAGCCCAUUUGCAACAACAAGGCAGUGUAAUACAGAAGUUGAAUUCUGGCUGCGAAGUUUGGGGAUUCCAGAUGUUGACAAACAUGUGAGAAUAUUUGCUGAUAAUGGAGUUGAUUUGACAGAUCUUGAAUUUAUGUCAGCUUCCCAACUACAUGACAUGGGAGUUACAGCUUUUGGAGCUUUAGAUAAAAUUCUUAAGGGUAUAAGGGACCUCAAAAACUUGCCUAUUACGCAAUUAGAAAGCAUUGAAGGUAAAAAGUUGCAGACAUCUUCUAUUGCUUGGGAAGAAGUUGACAAUACAAAGAUUAUGAAAUCUAUUGAAAGAUCACAAUUGAAAGCCAGUAAUGUAACCAAAAAGAACUCUUGCCAUUCUGACACAUUUGUAAAGGAUAAAAAUGGAGCAAGUGUGUUAGGAGGAACUGAUACAAGUAGAUGUAAUAGUGCCAUGUCUAAUGUUUCUGAAAGUACUGAUAUGAAAAAUUCUGCAAGGGGAGAUAAUCCUUCAUUUGCAGCAAGUACAAAAUCAAGUAGUGCCAAAUAUACAGAGAAGAGACCCCCAAGUGCUAAAAAUAAUUCUAAGUCUAAAAAUAGUAACCAUUCACAAAAUAGAAAUGCCAAUACUUCUGAAACAAAACUAAAGAGAAAUAAUUCUUCCUCUGAGAAACUUGGCUCAAAAUUGAAUAACCUGGAAUCUAAACCAACAAAGGGUGUUUUAUUGAGACCCAGAAGUUCAUCAUUAACAAGAGAAUCUGCAAAAAACAAUCGUGAAAGUACGAAGAAGGCUGAAGAUAAGAAAGAACCAAGACAGUUAAGGUCAAGGAGCAGAUCAGCAGAUGUUGUUAAAAGGAAAGCAUUAGAAGGUGUAAAUGCUGCUGCCAAAAAGUUUGAAGAGAGGAAGCUGAAGUGUAAGGAUAGUGAGAGGAGUUAUCCCCCUUGUGAUGAGAAACAGAAGCUACGGAGAGAUGAGAUGGCUGCCAGACAUCUUCAGAGAGAAAAAUUCAAAGAGAUGACAACAGCAGACAGCAACAGUUCAGAUAGUGAGGAUGAUUUACAAAAACAAGCACCUAGUGAAUUUGAUCAAGAUCAGGGUCUAGAGAACCUUGUAACAGUGAAUAUACUGUCUCCCCCUGGGAAGUCAGGUAAAAUACUAUCACAUUUUUACCAUCAAUAUUUUCCUGUCACAAGUGCCUGCAAUUAUGUGAUAUACUUAUACAUGUAUAAUCAUAUAACUACAAUAAAGUUAACAAAUAAUUAACCCUUUUAGAAAUGAAUAUAUGUUAUGAUUACUUAAAAGAAUAACUGAAAGUUCACUGAUUGAUAGAAAUAGGUGUUCUCAUUAAUAUAGAUCUUCUGUUUCUUGCCACUUUUAUUUAUUUGGUAGAUGCCAACUAUUUACACCUGUCACAGUUACACUGAUACCUGACG